CCGCCCCUGUUUCUCCUCAUUCUCUCACUACAGUUCUCCAUCUUCUCUCUCUUCUUCAAUGUUGACUUCAUCACCGGGAGUCGCCCUCGCCGCCAUGGCCGUCUCCGGCACCGUCAUCCUCUUAGCUCUCCGUCUCCAACGAUCCACUUUCCAUCUCCACCCUCGCCCCUGCAUCUCAUACCGUGUAGAUGGAAGUGGGCGAGAGAAAAAUAGAAAGAAUAAGAAGAAAAGAGUUCACUUUGCUCAUGAUAUGGUGGAACCGACCGGAAACGGUGAAGAGUAUCGACGACAUCGGAAUAGGACCGUUGAGAAUUCUCCGGCGACGUUUUCGAAAGAGGGUCGGGAAGAGAAUAGAGGAAUGCCGGCGAAUCGGGUUGCUCUGUAUAAUGGGAUUCUUAGGGACCGUUUGGUUCAUCAUCGGUUGGCUUCAUAUUGACGAUUUUGUAUCAUCUUUUGUAUAUUACAUAUUUACUAAUUGUAUAGAUUGUGAAAGCCCUAGUUUACCCUUUUUCU